UAUGAGGAUGAAAUUUCCAUGCUUGCAUAUGUGCAAUGGGUAAGAAAUCUGGAAAAUUAUGGAAAUAAUAUAUUAUAUUUUCAAAACUUUGGUGAAUUCGGAAUUAUUAAUGUUAUUACUAUUGAUCGUUGUGUGGGAUUUCUUAAACUUGAAACGAAUAAAUAUAUCAUAAUUGAUAGAAAGAAUCUUCAGAAUACAAUCGGGAUGGAUUCAACUCGUCCGGAACAAAAUCGGAAUAUAUCU